AUGACUUACGAUAAACAACACAAUGGCCAUCUUGCCAAACCUUUUACUCCGACCCUUAGUGCAGCGUUCAGCAGAGCGAAUAACAAGACCCCUUUAACCCCGAAACUCGCCAAUCCUUCCGCCGUCCGCGCUCCCAAACGAGUUGCUCCCUCGGACCACUCUGCAACAACUCCGGCGAGACACGGUCCUGAGCCCUCCUAUCUAAAUGCGAAUAUCACACCCCGAUCCGGCUCCAGAAAUAGCAGACGUGAUGGGAGCAUACUUUCUCCAGGCAGUACACCGGUGCACUCUCCACAGGCCUCCGUUCAGCCGUCUCCCGCAAAUGGGAACACAAGGGCAUACCGGACUGAGCGCAGUCCAGUUCGAAUGGGCGGGAAUCAUGAACCCCCAAGGACUGCAAGAGCAAAGACCUUGACCGCCGAUUUGUACUCCACUUCUCGCCCUCACUCCUACACGGAAUUUUCGCCUGCAUCUCCCAUGUUCUUCCACGCUAGUGAUGCACGUUCGGUUUCGAGCUCCUCCGAGGCAGAUACACGGUCAAAAGUUUCUGGGAAAGUGUCUUCGCCUGCUACUUUUGUAUAUGCGAAUGGUCAAGAAGAAAAUCAGCCUCCGGUUGAAGAGAGCUCCAGACGGCGGUCGUCAGGAUUGUCGCGACCUGCAGUCGUGGCAAGGCCGACAGCUUCUCCGCGGCUUAAGUCACCCCAACCCAGCGCAGAAUCUCCUCGAUUCUCCGAUGGUAUUUCCUCGCUUGGCGCACCGCAUCUUGAUGACUCGCCUGAGAUUCAUUCGCCAGUCCACAGUCCCACAUUCAGCACCGUUCGGACCGUGCCAAUAAUAAGCCAUACGAAAUCUUCAAGCCUUGACACGGCGCGCGGUACUCCUGUUCGUGAGACUUGCGGCGAGGCUCUACGACCCAGUCCCAUCAUUGUAUCUACGUCGGAUCCGCAGGUUGAAGUAAACUAUAAUUCCGAUUCCGUCCCUCUCAGGCCACGCAUUUUCAGCAAUAAAUCUACAAAUACAGUCGAUAGCCAUAACGACGGGUUGCAGAGCCCAGUCAAGUCAGAGCAUGGAGUGAGCAGCGGCCCAGUCCUCAGCGCGCGGGUAGAGCGUAAGAUUUUGGAUCUUGAAAUCAGCAACUCGUCUCUUCUUGCCAUCAACCGGACGCUUGAGCGCGAAAUGCGGAAACAGAAUGCAGAACUGCGAAGAUUCCGACGACUAAGUCGCUCGGGCCGUUUAUCCAUGGCUCCUUCUCGCUCGGUGUCGGAUACUCUAUCAAUCCCGAGCGAGAUUAACGAAGGCGGGACUGAUCUCUCAUCUGGUCAAUCACAAGACGAACUGUCUGAAUUAAGUGACGAAGAAUCCUUGCAAGAUGAAAGUGAACUAGGACCUGACUCAGUAGCCGACGACGACUCGAAGCACAGAAACAAGGAUGAGAAACGAUUUCUCAUUGACCUGGCCAAGCACCAAGAGCUUCUGGCAGACAGUCAGAAAAUGAAUCAAAGCCUCAAAAGAUGUCUCGGAUGGACAGAAGAACUCAUCAAAGAAGCACAGAAGGCACUCGAAUACAACGUGCUGGUUAAUGAUAUCCAACUGGGCGGGCGAGUCCUUAGUCCUGAUGAGUUGAACGAUGAUGGAGAAACUGGCCGCGGACUCCUAGCCACCGUCUCGUCCGAAUCCGAAAUUCCUAAUAUGGAUCCUCCCGGCGAGGACUCGCUAUCGACAUGA